AGAUGGCAGACUGUGUGGUUAGUUCAGAACCCGCCAAUAGUUCUACAAUAGAGGAAGACGAAUGUUGUUCCCUCAGCCCACAACAUCUUGGUGAAAUCUUCAGCUGGAGUCUAUAAAGAGAAGCAAGGAGGAAUGACUGCAGGAGAAAAUAUUCACAUACUAUUGUAAAGAUGGAUUUUGAGGAAGAAUCCUGGAGUAUAAAAGAUGAAGAUACAGAGGAACAAAUAGGAGAAGAAGAAGCAAGCAGGAGGAAUUACUCCAGGAGAAACUACGGACAUACUAUUGUAAAGAUGGAGAUUAAGGAAGAACCCUGCAGAACAAAAGAUGCAGAUACAGAGGAACAAAUAGACCCAAAGGAAGUGAAAGAAGAAAACCCUCAUUUCAUAAAUGAAAAUAAAGUUGUUUCAAGGACCAAAAAGACUUUCAGACAAAAACGAGCUGGAAAAACUGAAGUCAAAGGAUCUUUCACCUGCACUCAGUGUGGAAAUAGUUUCGUUCAGAAAGGAAGCUUGAAGGAGCACAUGAGAAUCCACACUGGAGAAAAACCGUUCUCAUGCUCUCAGUGUGGAAAGAGUUUCAAUCGCAAGAGCUUUCUUAAAGAACAUCUGCGCUCUCACACUGGAGUGAAGUCAUUCUGCUGUGAUCAGUGUGAUAAAUCAUUUGUGUUUUCGUCUAGCUUAAGAGAACACCUUAAUGUUCAUUCUGCUAUAAAGUCUCACUUUUGUUCUUUUUGUGGAAAGAGUUUUUCAAAACUGCAGACUUUAAAAGAGCAUGAACGUAUUCAUACUGGUGUGAAACCAUAUAUGUGCUUUGACUGUGGGAAGACCUUUACUAGAUCCGGCAUCUUAAAAUCACACCAGAGAGUUCACACUGGAGAGAGACCGUACAAGUGCUCACAUUGUGGAAAGUGUUUCUCUUACUCAAAAUCCUUGAAAGCUCAUGGGAGAGUUCAUACUGGAGAGUAACUGUAAAGUGCUCACACUCUGGACAGAGUUUCUCUCAUUCAUCAUUCUUGAAAGAUCUUGAGAUAGUUCACUCUGGAGAGAAUAUGCAUCAAUCAGUGCUCUUCAUGUGGGAAAAGUUUCACCCAAUAAUCUAGUUUAUGGAGUAAGAAAAAGCACUGUUUAUAAUUUGAUUAAAUAAUUGAUAUUCAGUAAUUUGAUAUGAUAAUUUGAUAUAGUGACAUCACUCAGAAAUUACAUUUUGAGACCAUGACAAAUAAAAAGGAACAACUUAUUUGGCAAAUUUACCUGAAAUCAAGGGGUUAAACAUUAUAACAUUGAUCAAGUGUGUGUAUAUUUUUGUUUAAAUAAAACUUGAAAAUAGAAGAGAA